UGUUUCUUGACCUUAUUCACCGGAAGUGGGGCGCAGACGAUUCGGGCAGCCCCGCAAGUGAAGAGAAAAAAAAGAAAAAAAGCGAGAGAAAAAAACUCGGUGAAUUUGUGGGUUCGGGCAGAUUUGGACGGAGUUUCCGAACUGUCCCGGCCCUAGGGAGCCCCGGGAAGGAGAGAAAGUCGUCAGCAUCGGAAUGAUGGAAGAUUCCCAUUUUAACUCAUCAUACUUUUGGUCUCCCGUUCCAACAGUGCAAGGACAGGUAUGGACGUCACCACUGAUUGAGAACGCCAUGUUCCUUAACAAGAUGAAGGAGCAGCUGGGCCCGGACAAGAACCCCUCCUUCCCCCACUCCUCCUCCCACUACCCCACGGCAGUGCUCACCGUGCCGGGCACCGUCUCCAUGGACGCAGGGGCGGCAGGGUCGCGGGCGCCCAAGCAGGAGGGGGGCGGAGGCGCCUCGCUGGCGGGCGGGGGGCACCUGCACCCGCCGCACACGUCCCAGAACAUAACGGUGGUGCCCGUCCCGUCCACGGGCAUCAUGACAGCAGCUGGGCUGGUGAUUACCACUCCCCAGGGCACGCUGGUCUCUCCUCCCUCCUCAUCGCAGUCUUUUGUUUCCGGGCCUCCCACAACCACCAUGAUAGUGUCCACGCUGCACCCCCCAAACGCAGAGACAGGCCGUCCCUCCUCUCUCUACCUCUACAGCCACAACAAGAAAGAAAAUGCCGGUGUUGCCCCAGCCAUUGUCAUGCCAACGCCCUCAAAGAGGGGCAGAAAGAAGAAGUCCGAGCUGGCUAGGACAGGCCCCAUCACGGGUCACACACUCCCUACAGGAAGUGAUGCGUUGAUCCUGGCACACCUGGCAGCAGGAGGACAGCACCACGCGGCUGACCCUUACGACCUCUCUAACGAUGAAGACGACCAUGGCAACAAAGACGGAAGCAAAACUUACCGGUGCCGGAUGUGCCCGAUGACCUUCUUCAGCAAGUCAGACAUGCAGAUCCACGCCAAGUCGCACACAGAGGCCAAACCGCACAAGUGCCCGCACUGCUCCAAGUCCUUCGCCAACUCCAGCUACCUGGCGCAGCACAUCCGCAUCCACAGCGGGGCCAAGCCCUACACCUGCUCCUACUGCCAGAAAACCUUCCGGCAGCUCAGUCACUUACAGCAGCACACACGAAACCACACAGAGGGCAAACCUCACAAGUGCCCGCACUGCUCCAAGUCCUUCGCCAACUCCAGCUACCUGGCGCAGCACAUCCGCAUCCACAGCGGGGCCAAGCCCUACACCUGCUCCUACUGCCAGAAAACCUUCCGGCAGCUCAGUCACUUACAGCAGCACAGCAGGAUUCAUACUGGGGAGAGGCCUUAUAAGUGUGUGCACCCAGGCUGUGAAAAGGCUUUCACUCAGCUGUCCAACCUACAGUCCCAUCGUCGCCAGCACAACAAGGACAAGCCCUUCAAGUGCUACAACUGCCACCGGGCCUACACGGACUCAGCUAGCCUGGAGGUGCACCUGACCACCCACACGGUCAAGCACGCCAAGCUCUACUCCUGCGGCCUGUGCAACCGCUCCUACACCUCGGAGACGUACCUGAUGAAACACAUGCGCAAACACAACCCCGACCCCCUGACGGUGGCUGCAGCCGUGGCCGCCCAGCAGGCCCAGCAGGGCCAGGGCGGCAGGGGCAGGGGGCAGGGCCGAGGGGCGCGGGGCGGGUCCAGGCAGGGGUGCGGAGCCGGGGGAGGUGGCUCCAGGCAGGGGCUGGCCCAGGGCAACUCCGGCACCCCCAGCAGCUACCCGCAGUCGGAGGGCGUGCCCUGCCCCUUUGACCUGCACCAGUACAAGACGGUGUCCGCCGGGGAGAUCCAGUACAAACCGGUCAGCGUGGCCGACCUGGCCGCCCACAAGGACCUCUGCCUCACCGUCUCCACCUCCGCCAUUCAGGUGGAGCACAUGAACUCGUAGAGCUGGGCGGGGCUGGGGGGCGGAGCCAGGGGCGGAGCCGCAUGUAAAGAAUGGGAAGGCUGCAUAAACUGCAGGUGGGUGGCGCUGAUAUUUUCUCAAACAGGCUGAAGAGGGGGAUGAUGGGAAACGGUGAGGUCUGCGGAAUGGUUGGGAAGAUGGAUUUUUAAUCCUAUGGAUUUGAAUCCCUUUGUUUACCGGAGAAAGGGAGCGGGGAAGUGGUCGGAGCGUAAUGGAGAGAUGCCACGGAAAGAAAAGGACUGAGCAAAGACACUAAAUGGGGAAAGAAGGAGAGAAUGAGAGGCGGAGUGCAGAACCUGAACUUUGUGUUUUUUUCUUAUUUCUGUCUCUCACCUUUCAUUUCAUUAUUUGCCUCAAAUAUUUCAUUUUGUAUUUUUCUACCGUGUCAGAGAGGAAUUGGGAGGCGAAUGAGAGUGAGGAAGAAGCUCUUGCUCUUUUUAUUGUUAGCAUCUGUCAUUUUAUUUUCCCGCUCUUUCCUGAAAAGCUCUAUUGAGAACGGUGCUGAAACAGUGAAGAAUGAUGGUUAUUGUGGUAACAACACUGACAGUUUUUGGUUGCCAGGUACUGUUCAUGAAUUUCCUUUAAGCUCUUACACUGACAGCAUUAUUACAGCUGUCAUAGUUAUGUUUCAUCAUCAUCUUCAUCAGGUGGAGGUAACUCUAGUCUUUCUUGUAAAAUAUAUAUACCUGUAUAUAUCUAAGACAAACCUUCAAAAAAGGGAAGGACUUCUUUUGCUUCUAAAAAACAAAAAAGAAAUAUCUACCAACGUGAAAGAAAUAACUCAAACAGAAUCAUUGAUAUGUAUCUGGAGGUCAGCCAGCCACAACCUUGUGAAGCUCUUUGAGCUUUGUGAGGCUGUGAUUGGCUGAUUUUUGUUAGGUAUAAUUCUUGUAGUAUUUCAUUAUGUGUCUUACCAUAUAACAUGGUUCUCAGUAUUCUUAUUACUGUUAUUAAUAAUAUUAUUAUUGCUCUUAUUACUAUUAUUACUUAUAAACUGCAGUACUCUCGUGGAUUCUCCAUGCUGUAUAGACUGACGCACCUAAAGCAACUGUUUCUCCUGACAGGACAAUAAAAGCCACGCAGAAACAGA